UGGGAUUCCAUAACUGAGAUGGAUGAACACAAUCAUCCCAUUCAUACUUACCAGGUAUGUAAUGUGAUGGAACCAAACCAAAACAACUGGCUUCGAACAAACUGGAUCUCCCGUGAUGCUGCACAGAAAAUUUAUGUGGAACUGAAGUUUACUCUGAGGGACUGCAACAGUAUUCCAUGGGUACUGGGAACCUGCAAGGAAACUUUCAAUCUCUACUACAUGGAGUCAGAGGAGUCUCAUGGAGUAAAGUUCAAGCCAAACCAGUACACUAAAAUUGACACCAUUGCAGCUGAUGAGAGCUUCACCCAGAUGGACUUGGGUGACCGCAUUCUUAAACUCAACACAGAAGUUCGUGAGGUUGGGCCAAUAAACAAGAAAGGAUUUUAUCUUGCUUUUCAGGACAUUGGAGCAUGCAUUGCUUUGGUCUCAGUCCGUGUUUAUUACAAAAAGUGCCCUUUCACGGUCCGUAAUUUGGCUAUGUUUCCUGAUACUAUUCCAAGGGUUGAUUCUUCCUCUUUGGUGGAAGUACGGGGCUCCUGUGUGAAGAGUGCGGAGGAACGUGAUACUCCAAAAUUGUAUUGUGGAGCAGAUGGGGAUUGGCUUGUGCCUCUUGGACGAUGCAUCUGCAGUGUAGGAUAUGAAGAAGUGGAUGGCUCCUGCCAUGCUUGCAGGCCUGGAUUCUAUAAAGCAUUUGCUGGAAAUGUAAAGUGCUCCAAGUGCCCCCCACACAGCUUGACUUACACAGAAGCAACCUCUGUCUGUCAAUGUGAGAAAGGUUACUUCAGAGCUGAGAAGGACCCACCAACUAUGGCAUGUACCCGGCCACCUUCUGCUCCAAGGAAUGUGAUUUUUAACAUUAAUGAAACAGCUCUCAUGUUGGAAUGGAGCCCCCCAAGUGAUACCGGAGGAAGAAAAGAUCUCACUUACAGUGUCAUCUGUAAGAAAUGUGGGUCGGAUGCCAACCAAUGUGAGAUUUGUGGGGGAGGUAUCCGUUUCAUCCCCAGGCACACAGGUCUCACCAACUCCUCUGUGACGGUGCUUGACUUUGUGUCUCACGUGAACUACACCUUCGAAAUAGAAGCCACAAAUGGGGUCUCAGAGCUGAGUUUCUCUCCCAAGCAGUUCACAGCUAUCACAGUUACCACAGACCAAGAUGCACCCUCCUUGAUAGGUAUGGUAAGGAAGGACUGGGCUUCCCAAAACAGCAUUGCCCUCUCCUGGCAAGAGCCGGACUCUCCCCAUGGAGCCAUACUGGACUACGAGAUCAAGUACUAUGAGAAAGUCUACCCACGGAUAGCGCCGGCAUUUUGGCACUACCUGCGGGUAGAAGAGCAUGAGCAGCUCAGCUAUUCCUCCACAAGGUCCAAGGCUCCAAGUGUUAUCGUCACAGGUCUCAAGCCAGCCACCAAGUAUAUAUUUCAUAUCAGAGUCAGGACGGCAGCAGGAUACAGCGGCUAUAGCCAGAAGUUUGAAUUUGAAACUGGAGAUGAAACUUCUGAUAUGGCUGCCGAGCAGGGACAGAUUCUUGUAAUUGCCACUGCUGCUGUUGGUGGAUUCACUCUCCUGGUCAUCCUCACUUUGUUCUUCCUGAUCACUGGGAGAUGCCAGUGGUACAUAAAGGCCAAAAUGAAAUCUGAAGAGAAAAGAAGGGCUCAGUUGCAAAAUGGAGAUUUACGUUUCCCAGGAAUAAAAACAUAUAUUGAUCCAGAUACAUAUGAAGACCCAUCUCUUGCUGUCCAUGAGUUUGCAAAGGAGAUAGAUCCUUCAAGAAUUCGUAUUGAGAGAGUUAUUGGGGCAGGUGAGUUUGGAGAAGUAUGCAGUGGACGUCUGAAGACACCAGGAAAAAGAGAAAUACCUGUUGCAAUUAAAACUCUGAAAGGCGGCUAUCUGGACCGGCAGAGAAGAGAUUUCCUGAGAGAGGCUAGUAUCAUGGGACAAUUUGAUCACCCAAAUAUAAUUCGCCUUGAAGGAGUUGUUACAAAAAGCAGACCAGUAAUGAUUGUAGUUGAAUACAUGGAGAACGGAUCCCUUGACUCCUUUCUGCGGAAGCAUGAUGGCCACUUCACAGUCAUCCAGCUGGUUGGCAUGCUACGGGGGAUUGCAUCUGGCAUGAAGUACCUCUCAGACAUGGGCUAUGUGCACCGUGAUUUGGCAGCCCGAAAUAUCUUGGUCAACAGUAACCUCAUGUGUAAAGUCUCCGAUUUUGGUUUGUCACGAGUGUUAGAGGACGAUCCUGAAGCUGCUUACACAACAAGCGGUGGAAAAAUCCCAAUAAGGUGGACUGCUCCUGAAGCUAUAGCUUAUCGGAAGUUCUCUUCAGCGAGUGAUGCAUGGAGCUACGGGAUUGUAAUGUGGGAGGUGAUGUCCUAUGGUGAGAGACCAUACUGGGAGAUGUCCAACCAGGAUGUUAUACUGUCUAUUGAAGAAGGCUACAGGCUUCCAGCUCCCAUGGGCUGCCCAGCUUCUCUGCACCAACUAAUGCUUCACUGCUGGCAAAAGGAGAGGAACCACCGUCCAAAAUUUAGUGAUAUUGUCUGCUUCCUAGACAAACUGAUUCGCAAUCCAAGCGCCCUUCAUACCCUAGUGGAGGACAUACUUGUAAUGCCAGAUUCACCUGGUGAAGUUUCAGAAUAUCCUUUGUUUGUUUCAGUCAGUGACUGGCUGGACUCCAUAAAAAUGGGUCAGUAUAAAAAUAACUUCAUGGCAGCAGGUUUCACAACUUUGGAUAUGGUUUCAAGAAUGAAUAUUGAUGACAUUAGAAGAAUUGGAGUUGUACUCAUUGGACACCAGAGACGAAUAGUCAGCAGUUUACAGACUUUGCGGUUACACAUGAUGCACAUACAGGAGAAAGGAUUUCAUGUAUGA